UGGAGAGCCGGUCCCGCCGCUUUGCCCCGGAGCGAGAGCUGGAGCCGGAGCCGCCGCCGCCGCCGCUGAGGCUCGAGUCGUCGUCGCUGUGAACAAGGGACCCUAAAGAAUGGCCGAGCCUUUGGGGAACGAGCUGGCGUCCGCAGCUGCCAGGGGCGACCUAGAGCAACUCACUAAUUUGUUGCAAAAUAAUGUGAGCGCCAAUGCAGAAAAUGGAUUUGGGAGGACGGCGCUGCAGGUGAUGAAGCUCGGAAACCCAGAGAUCGCGCGGAGGCUUCUACUGAGCGGCGCCAAUCCGGACCUGAAGGACCGCACCGGCUUCGCUGUCCUGCACGAUGUGGCCCGCGCCGGCUUUCUGGACACCUUACAGACUCUGCUGGAGUUCCAGGCCGACGUGAACGUGGAGGACAGCGAGGGCAACCUGCCGUUGCACCUGGCGGCCCGCGAGGGCCACCUGCCCGUCGUGGAGUUCCUGCUCCGACACACCGCCUGCAGGGUGGACCACCGGAACCACCAAGGCGACACCGCUUGCGACGUGGCCCGUCUCUACCGCCGGGACGCCGUGGUACGACUUCUGGAGGCCGGCCGGCCCGACGACGCGGCCCCGCUCCCGGGCGGCCCGGCACCCGCCGCUUCGGCACUCGCCGCCUCAGCCGAGCCGCCCUAGACGUCCCAAGGCCAGGCCGGCUUCUGCCCGGGAGCCGCACCUGCCCUCCGUGUUUGGCUGCCCGGUCUGACUGUUUGCGCGCGGACCGGGGAUUACUGCGCUCUCCCACUGCCUUUUAAGCCAAUAGUCAGAGCCUCAAACUCCGGAGGUGGGAUUCUUACGAAAGAUUUAUGAAUAUAUUUAAAAAGGCUUACAAUUCGCCUGCAAACACCUCCCCUCUUCUCCCCCCAGAGACCUAAAAUCUGCUUGCAAACUGCUUUGGUCUCUUCCAGAAUGUAGACUUUCUUUCUUCCUCAACUUCCAGCCGCAGCCCACCUCAGUCCUCACCUCCCUAACCUUUCUGGCCCCCUUGCCUAUUCCCCCUCCUUUGCCACUUCGUCUUCAAAGUCUAUCUAUAUCCUGACGCUUCUUUGGCCUAAUUAAAACUCUUUUUAAAUGGGACAA